AUGGCAGAUGCUCUGAUUCUUGAAGCUGCGGGUAGUGGAGAUCUUGAAAUUCUUCAGCAGUUGGAAGUUAGAUUUGGGGGUAAUACGGACUUUCGCCGAAGAUGCGACAUUGUUAACGACUGUGAAGGGAGGAGACCUUUGCACUAUGCCGCUGAGAAUGGAUUUAUUCAUAUAUGCAAGUUCUUGAUCGACAAUGUCAAAGUCGACAUCAACAUCAAAUCUGAAAUCGGUGAUACUCCUCUGCUGAAUGCUGUUGCAAUGGGAAAUAUCAGUACCGCAAAGUAUCUACUUAUCCGAGGCGCCGAUAUUACAAUCGCCGAUUCUAAGGGGAUGACUUCUUUGCAUUAUGCUGCUGAAAAAGAUAACAGGGAGCUUAUGCGAAUGUUGCUAUUGAGAGGUGCGGAAAUAGAGUCGAAUUCUGUUCUUGGAACACCGCUACAAUGUGCUGCAUCGCGUGGGAAUGUUGAUUCUGUUCGGUUUCUCUUAGGUCACGGUGCAAAGCCAAAUCCAGUCUCUCUACUUUCUCACUCUCCGCUUGUGUCGGCAAUUUCCUCUCGCUCGUUUCAAUGCUUGGAGCUUUUGCUCAAGGUAUAUAUACGUCCCCGAAUUAAAGUUUGAUCUUCAAGGUUCCGUUCGGACAAAGGUAAAAUCGGAAUAUUCGUUUUGUUUUGUUGCACAUGUACAGGCUGGAGCUAAUCCAAACAUUAGCUCGUGUGGUGUAAGCCCUUUAGCGUGUGCAGCGAUGAUAGGCAAUGCACGAGUCGUUAAGUCUUUGCUUUCUGCUGGAGCCAAU